AUGGCUUGCGAAGCAGCGAGUCCUUCGGAUCUGAUUCUCGACCGGAAUGCUCGAGUGUUUCAGAUAGCCAUCGAGAAACUUAAGCAGACAAUAAGUUCCCCGGAUGCGGCAGCUUUUCAAUCAACACUUAUCGAAGAUGUCUGGGUGGCCGUGGAGGAGAUACAAGAGUCCCAAAGAAAGCGAAAAUCUCUCCGGAACAUGCGACGUGUCGAACCGUUUUUAAGGACCCUUGAACAGUACUCAAAAGUUAUCGAAGUCGCUUGCAAUGGGACUUCCUAUCUACCUUGGGUUUGGGCUCCGAUCAAGAUGAUGCUCCAGCUCGCCGACGAAUACACCAAUGUCUUUGAUAAGCUAGUUGAUGCGUAUGGUCAAAUUGCAGAAGCGAUGCCUCAAUUUGAGAGGUUGCAACGCGGAUUUGGUGACCAAACCAAUUUCCAAGCCAUCCUGGCGAUGGUAUAUGAGGAUAUCCUAGAAUUUCAUCGUCGUGCCUAUAAGUUCUUCCGGAGAAGAGCAUGGCAUUUGUUCUUCGACUCUCUCUGGAAGUCAUUUGAGUUUCGAUUUAAUGGCAUUCUCAAGCGACUUUCCCAUCACAAGGAACUUCUGAUUAAAGAAGCCGUUACAAUCGAUAUUAUAGCAGCACGACAAUGGAGGAUUGAGGCUAAAGAGCUGAUCGUACAACAAGAAAAGAGGAUUCAUGAUUACUACCUUCAGGACUGUAUUUCAUGGUUCAAAGUGGCGGAUGAGCAACAAGAUGACGAACUGGAGAGGUUAGCGGACAAACGGCAAGAAGGUACAUGCGAGUGGGUGUUUAAAAACAAUCGAUUCCAAAGCUGGAAAGAUGAUGUACAUGGCGAGCCAAUUCUCUGGGUCAAAGGAAUUCCAGGAGCAGAGGAGGAGGCUUUCACGACUGCUUAUCACAUAUGCCACAGCUAUACAGCAGGCAAAAACCUCGUUGGAGAAAUCCUGAGAAGUAUCACUGUCCAGUUCUUGCGCUCCAAUCUUGAGCUUGCCCCAUUUAUUUUUGAGAACUACGCGAACAAAGGUUUAGCUCCAUCCAUCGUUCGAAUGCGAAAGUUAUUACCGGAGCUCAUUGCCACGCUACCCUCAACCCGCAUAAUUGUCGAUGGUUUGGAUGAAUAUCCCGAGACUGACCAAAGAAUAAUCUUGACCGAUCUGCUUGCACUUUCGAAGCUACCUGGGAGUCAAUGCAAGAUACUCUUUAGCAACAGAGAAGGGAAACAAUUCAAUAAGAGCUUGAGUAGCAAGCCUACAAUAUCUCUUCGAGACCAGAAUGCUCUCAAUAAGGAUAUUGAAACCUAUGUUCAUGCUAAUCUAGAACUUCUGCGUGAAGGGCCGUUAGACAACGCAUAUCUGAUUGAUUGGAUCGAACGUGCUAUCGUUCAGAGGGCAAAUGGGAAGUACCCAGACAAUCAUUUUCUCAAUUCUGCUAACUCUGUGUCAGGCAUGUUUUUAUGGGUGCGUCUAGUUCUGCGGGGUCUGGAUGAUUGUGGUAGUGAACAGGACUUGAUAAACACAGUCAACAAUUUGCCCGAUGGGCUCGAGCAAGCGUACGGCCGAAUCCUUGAGCGCGUGGUGGAAGGUGUUACAGAGCAAAGCAGAGACAAAGCCCUUAGAAUACUGGGAUGGAUCGCUUGCUCAUUCCGGAUUAUGAAGACACACGAGAUUCGAGACGGCAUACAAUUCCAUACUAAGGGCAUGGAACUAAACGAUACGACAAAAGUCAAACUAAUUGACGGAUUCUUUGACUUAUGUAAACCGCUUAUCGAGGAAGGGCCACAGAAUACGAUUCAAUUCGUACAUUAUUCUGCAAAGCAAUAUAUUCUCGAUCAGAAAAGCGGGCCGUUCCUACAAUACUACCAAUGUCACUACGAUCUGUCCUUUGCCUGUAUAAAUUACAUGAACACGAGUCAUUGCCUCAUCGAUCCUGGAUAUACCGAGAGCGCCCUGCGGGUUAGAGUCGUCAAAGGCUUUCAUAACCUGCAUCAUUACGCAAAUGAGUUCUGGUUCCAACAUCUUUUACAGUAUGCCAAAAGUGGCAUUGUAGUUGAAGACGAAGACCUCGAUGACCCUCUGGAAGAACUUCGGGAGUUCUGGAAAGACGAACCAGGCAAGGGCGCGAAGACCCUAAAGCUGGACGAUACGACGUCUGCAGAAAGCAUCAUAUCUCAGUUGGAGGCAUUGAAAUCGAUAGAGCGGGCUCAGAAAAUGGGGAUCGAUAUCUUAACGUUCCACAAAUUCUUAUCGCAAGAAAAUAACAGCCAUCAAGAUAUUAAAGAUCUAAAGAGCGAUGAAAUCAAACGCGACCCAACUCACUUCAGCGCAAUCAGUCAGCGUUACCAAGACAUAGUCCAGUUGCUCACGGAAUACAUUGCUAAGGACCUGCCGGAGGGCAUCGGGGCCGAGGAACUCGAGAAAUUCAAGGAAAUUUACCUCGACUCCGCCUUCAUUUGCCGCUACCGCGAAUGUUACCGCUACUCUAGAGGCUUUAAGUCGUCAAUAGAGCGCGACUACCACGAGAAACUCCACAACAAACCCCUCCGCUGUGCCGAUCCAUCAUGCGAUUUCUUCGCCAGAGGUUUCACAAGUAAGAGCGGAUUGAAUAAGCAUAACCGCAAAUACCAUCCCACACUAGAGGAGAAAGAACUUCCUUCCACUCUUGCAGUUUUCCACUCCGGAACCGCAGAAACCUAUGAGGCAGACCCCGAAGCCGAGAGAGGAGAGAAUGAGCAAGGCCAAAAAAGGGUUGCCAGUUCAUCAUUGUGA